AUGGGAAUUAGGAAACGUCUACAUGAGAAUUUCACCUAUUUCCCGUGUCGAGCAUCUCCGGGUUAUGCUCGAUAUUCGACCGGUGGCGGUUUUGUUCAAAACCUUAUCAGAAAAAUUAAGGAGGAAUCGGCUAAAGACAAGCAAAUGAAGGAAAGUGUCCGCAAGUUCCGUGAAGAAACUGAAAAGCUUGAAAAGUCAAAAGAAAUUCAGUCAAUGCGGGAAUUUUAUAAAAAAAUCGAAAGCGAAAUUCCCACUGAUACUGUGGACAAGGUGAAAGGACAAAUCGAAAGUGCUGCAAAAAAACUGAUGGCAGAAGGGGAAAAUUUAAAGAAACAAGAAUAUGUACGUAAAAGUCUCGAAGGGAUUUCCAGAGCAGGCGAACAACUCGCAGGUGUCUCGCGAUCUCUAGGACAAACUGAGUUUGUAAAGUCGGCUCGAGAGAGCCUUGAAGCACUAGAAAAGGAGUUGCAGUCCGAUCGUGCACUUGUAUAUCGGGCUCCAGUUAAGCCUAGGACCAGGGCGGAGAUAGCAGGUAGUUCGACUGAGCGGACUAUUGACGCUGAUACCUUUGCCUGUUCUAUCUCUAGUGAAUCUUCCGGUGUAGUUUUACACAAGGAUUCAAAGUGGAUAGCGGCUUGGGAGAAUUUCAAGGACAACAACCAGUACGUUCAAAAAUUCUUCGACUUGAAAACACGGUACGAGGAAAGCGAUCACCUGCUGGUUCGGUCUUUGCGAUUUGUCACAGACAAAAUCAGUGACUUGAUUGGCAGCAAGGGUUCAGAGAACGAACUCCAGACUGUAUUGGAGGAGAUCACCAAAAUCGACCCUUCCUUCACAAUUGAAAACUUCAUCCGCUACUGCCGCCUAGAAUCCAUCGUUCAUGGUCAUUUGGAUGUUCUCAAGGAUUGGUGUUAUGAAGCUCCUUUCAACGUCCUCUCCGCGCCGAUUAAACAGACGCAGGAACUCGGCUUUCACAUGGAUUCGCGAAUUCUCGAUGUCCACAACAUUGAUGUUCACAUGGGCAAAAUGAUGGAACAGGGUCCUGUGCUGAUCAUCACCUUCCAAGCACAACAGAUCCAGUGUGUCCGUGACAGCAGUGGCGCAGUCAAGGAGGGCGACCCAGAGAAAGUGCUGCGGGUGACUCACGUGUGGGCGCUGUGUCGAGACCAGUCCGAGUUGAACCCCUGGACUGCCUGGCGCAUCCUAGACGUCGCCAUGAUGCCCGCCGAACAAUGGGUCUAG